UAGUGAUCCGUGACGAAAAUGGACACUCCAACGCUUCUCAAUCUCGCGCAGAGUGCUGUGGAUGUGGGAAACAUCAAAGCCGCCUGCGAGUUUUAUGAAAUCGCCUUAUUGCAGUCACCCAACAAUGAGGACAUAUUAGAAGCUUAUGCGGAGAUCAUGAUUCAUCACGUGCAGGAUAUCGAACGCGCAAAGCAGAUGCUACGGCAUGCCAUCGAGAUCAAUCCAAACGUAGGCUACGUGAAGUACCUCAACCUAGCGCAGCUCACCGAGGCCGAGGAGGCGCUGCGGUUAUAUCAAAGCGCGCAUGACAUCGCGCAUCUUGAGUUAGGCAGCUGCCGUAAAAAGAAGGCAAAACAGGCUUUAAUGGAGACCUUGGCGACCAUCUGCUGCGCGAUGGUGGAGCUGUAUUUGACCGAUCUUUGUUUUCACGCGGAGGCAGAGGUGAGUUGUGAGGAGUGGGUGCAGAAGGCGCUGGGAUAUAACCCGAACGGCGUCGAGGCCCAUCAACUCCACGCCUCGCUUCUGCUCAGCCAAAAUAACACCGCGGCCGCGCUGGAGGCCCUCCGCCGCGCCGUAGACCUCACUCACCGCCUUAGCGAGGCGCACCAGCCGACCUACGAAUCGAAGGUCGAGCUCGGGAGGCUUUUAAUGCAGGCCAGCCCCGACGAGGCGUUCGGCUUUCUGCUAGAGAUCCUUCAGCUUGGGGAUAACAAUCCAUACGUUUGGUUCUUACUCGGCGAGUGUGCGCGGAUGCGGGGACGGUACAUCGACGCCGCUCGCCUUUUACGUCGUGCGCGGAUGAUGCUCGUGAUUUCAGACGGCGAUACAAAUGCGAUCGCAGAGGUGGACCACGCGAUUCGCGUGCUUGUGGAGGAAAUGGGAGGCGCGGAGGAGGCGGCAAAGGUCCCCGAUCUCGACCACCACGACCCGAUCUCAUUACUGCAGCCCGAGAACGACGAGGAAAACGAGGAUGAGAAGGAAAACGAGCUGGAUGACCCCGCAUGGGAGUCCUGCGCCGAGAAUGAGGACUAAGGAACGCAGAAGUUAUUCCGAUGAGCUGUUCUAUCUAUGCAUAUUGGACAAGAAAGGAAAUCGUAAAGGGUAAUUUGUAAAAUUCUAUAAGUGUCGU